AUGGCACCACCUGUGAGGUACUGCAUCCCUAGUGAACGCCUGUGUAACUUGGAGGAAGGCAGCCCCAGGAGCAGCACCUACACCCAGCAUGGCUACAUCUUUUCGUCACUGGCGGGCUGCCUGACAAAGACCAGUGAGAAUGGCGUGCUUCCUGUGGUGUCUGUGAUGAGAGAAACAGAGUCCCAGCUACUUCCAGAUGUAGGAGCUGUUAUCACCUGUAAGGUCUUUAGCAUCAACUCACAUUUUGCCAAAGUACACAUCUUGUAUGUGGGUUCCACACCACUAAAAAAUGCUUUUCGAGGAACUAUCCGCAAGGAAGAUAUCCGAGCAACUGAAAAAGACAAGGUUGAAAUUUACAAGAUUAUCUCCCUAGGUGACACACAGUCCAAUUACUUGCUGAGCACUGCUGAAAAUGAGUUAGGGUUAGUGGUAGCCCACAGUGAAUCGGGUGUCCAGAUGGUUCCCAUCAGCUGGUGUGAGAUGCAGUGCCCCAAGACCCACACAAAAGAAUUCCGGAAAGUGGCCAGGGUAUAGCCUGAGUUCUUACAAACCUAAAUACACUUCCCCUCAAAGACGGAGCCACCUUUUU